AAAAAAGGAAUCAGCUUCUGGGUGUUGCUGCACAGCAGAACAGAUGAGGAUUGGGGAUUAGGGGGUUGGGCCGUCUGCUGGUUGGAAGAAGCGUGCCUCCAGACAUCCAGUCGGUGCGUGGCGGUGCAGCAACGUCGCAUCCCUCCCGCAGCAUCAGCAUCAUCCUCGUAGCCGCACGCCGCAGCACACCGUAACGUAACAAGAGGUUACGCAAGAUGGUAAAACUGGGGAGUCAUCUUCAGGACAAAGGGGCCAAAGCGGCGAGCGUGGAGGACGGCUUCCAAAACGUGCCCCUUAUCACUCCUCUAGAUGUGGGCAGCCUGCAGAGUCAAGCCCCUGACAAGGUUGUGGUGAAAACCCGCACCGAGUACCAGACGGAGAAGAAGAAGAUGAAGGUUCCCAAAGUGGAGGAGUUCACCAUCAGCUUCACCGACGGUGUGUCUGAGAGACUUAAGGUCACCAUCCUGAUCAUCUUGGCCUUAGCCUUCCUUGCCUGCAUUGUGUUCCUGGUGGUUUAUAAAGCCUUCACCUAUGACCACGCCUGCCCAGAUGGAUUCCUCUACAAGCACAAGCGCUGCAUUCCAGCUUCACUGGAGGCUUAUUAUGCCGCACAGGACGCCAACGCCAGGGGCCGCUUCUACACAGUGAUCAGCCACUACAGCAUGGCCAAGCAGACCACCUCGCACUCCGUAUCCCCCUGGUUGCCCGGGGGGGCUGCGGGGAAGCCGCACGAUGGCAAGCCCCCACAUGGCGGCGACGACGCCCACUGAGCCGGGUUGCACAAACGCCAUGAAUACAUAUGAGUGUAUUUUGUGCCAGUAGGGCCUUUAGAGUGCAUGCAGACAUCAGUUACCAGUCACGUUUGGAUUUGUCUGCCCGUUUGCUCUGACUGAGCGCCAUUUUUCUUAUCGUGUUAAAACACAUACAUCUUGCUUAUUUCUCAUUAAUUUAUAUAUCUAUUUUUGACAGUAGUGUGUGGAUUUAUAUGUGACUCAAUCAACUAAUUCAGAGUCUUAUAUCUCCUCUUGUACUGUAUACUAUUUGUAUACACAGUAGGAUGCGUGUCAAAUCCCAUACACAUUAGAUGGGCCGGAAUUAGAUAAAGUGGUGCUUUGAGAUAUAAGUGACCCAACUUAAGAGUGUUCCAAGAUGCAAAUGUUAACGUUUCUUCACACCAGUGUUUUUUUCGUCAACGAUGAUAACGAAAAUACUUAAUCAACGAACACAUUUUUCUCAACGAUGACCCACGAUGACCCCACGUUGAUGAGCUAAAAUCUUGUCUUCAGAGACUAAAACAUAACGAGAUGAAUGCCAGUUGUCGUCUGACGAGACGAGAACGAGACGAAAAUUUGUCAUAAUUUCUGUCAUAAGUUCACAAUGUGUGAUAUCUUCUUAUCGUAUGUGUAGUUAGCACGCAUUUUAGAAGUGUUUGGCCGUGUCACUCAUGUGACGUGCUUUGCCUUAGCAGUGUGCCCAUUCAAGACUCACUUUGUGAAACAAGUCAGAUGCUGCUUGCUAAGUUUUGUUUUCUUAUCUUGGCUAUGCCAUGUAGCUUUAACCUUUAAAGUUCUGCGCCAGUGUUGUUUUUGGCAGCCAUUUUAAUCUUUUGGACGAAAAUACUUAUUAGUCUUAGUUAUAUUUUAGUCAUUUCAAAAUAUGUUCGUCCUCGUCUACUUUUAGUCAACGAAAACAGUCGACAAUUCUCAAAAUUUUUUCGUCUAUAAACUUCAAAAGUUUAAGUCCAUUAAUAAAUAAAUAAAUAGAUAAAUAAAAGUUUUCCAAAAUUUUCGAAUGAACAUGACGGACGAGCACAUAAGUGUAGAGUCUACAAGGACAUCAACAUUUUCAUGAUGAUAAUAAACACUCAGCAAGAAAACAGCACAUUAUUUGCAAAAACUCACCUGGACGCCACUAACUGUAUGUAAAAUGUUUUCCAAAAGUUUAAGAAGACACCGAGUCACCGCGCUAAGUGCUAAUGCUAACGGAAACGCUAUGCGUACGUGAACGCUAUGCUAACGCUACAAGUCAGUUUAGUGUGUGACGAUCACUCAACAAAGACCUCGAAAGGCUAAAGCAACGUAUCUAACCAAGAUAAAAAGCAAAACUUACACAUAUCUUUUACAAAAGGAGCCUGGAAUGGGCAUAGUCUUCACUCACGCGCUGGAGAGUUAGCGUGUGUGUGGUGCAAGGGGUCAGGGUGAGGCGCAGCACGUCACAUGAGUGACACGACCAAACACUGCUAAAUGCGUGCUAAACUACACAUACGAUAAGAAAAUAUCAAACAUUAUGAAUUUAUGACGGAAAUUAUGACAAAUUUCCGUCUUGUUCUCGUCUCAUCAGACGACAACUGGCAUUCAUCUCGUUAUGUUAUAUUCUUCCAAGACACGUUUUCAGCGUGUCGUCGUGACGUCAACGUCAUGAAAAAAAUGUUCGUUGACCAAACAUUUUCGCCAUCGUUGACGAGUACAACACUGGUCUGUGCUUAGUGAUCAUCACACACUAAACUAACUUGUAGUGUUAGAAUAGGGUUCAUGUUAGCGUUAGCAUUUAGCGCGGUAACUUUGUGUCUUCUUAAACUCUUGGAAGACUUUUUACAAACAAUGUGUGGCGUCCAUUUCGAGUUUCAUUAAUUGCAAAAAAUGUGCUGUUUUCCUGCUGAGUAUGUAUUAGCAUCAUGAAGAUGCUGAUUUCCUUGUAGACUCUACAAUUAUGUGCUCGUAUGUCAAUGUUCGUUCGAAAUUGUCGGAAACAUUUAAUUUAUUUAUUAAUUUAUUGAUAGACUAAAACUUUUGAAGUUUAUCGACGAAAACAUUUUGAGAAUUGUCGACUAAAACUUGGCAAAAUUUGUCUGACUUUUCCUUGACUAAUAAGUAUUUUCGUCCAGAAGUCUAAGACGAAGACGAAAAUUAAAAGAGCUGCCAAAAACAACACUGCUUCACACCAAACAAAGACAAUUCCACCUUGUACAUUUUAAAAAAACAUACAAAUGACAAUGGUAAUAGUCGCGGUUUUAGAAGCACACAUAACUUGAACACAAACUAAGGAGCGGCACAUUUAGGAAGAUAAAAUACUCACAGGCAUAUAUUCUUUAUCCUCUGCGAAUAUGUCUAAUAUUUUGGUUUAUUUGUGAGUCAAUUACAAUAGUAGGAUGAGAAAUAUUGUAUAUUCGGAUAAAAUACUAUACCAAAAGUGACUUUUUCUAAAAUAGUUGUAUUUUUUAUUGGGGAGAUGAUUGACGUUCCCAUUCAUUUUCAUGUGAAAAGAUGAUUUUGAGACUUGUAUCUCAAGGCACCACUGUAUCAAUGAUUUAUUUUCUUCAAUAUUACCAUUUUGUUACUGUUCUAGUUUCUCUCUCCAGGAUUCAGUUUCUAUCCCUCAGUUUUUCUUUAUUCUUAUCUCCUUAUCCCCCCUCCAUUUAGUUAAUUAAUUCCUUCCUAUUUCAUUACUGCUUUCUCUUUGAACUGCUUUUUAUUCUUACAUCUUCCUUCUAUACCUUUCGAAUUCUGCUUUGCAGUUUUCCAAACUUCUAAGUUGCCUAGAAAAGUGUGAACAUGCUUUUGGCCUAGCAUCUUAUAUCUAAUGAUGAGCCAUUCUACCGCUUCUGCUGUGUACCCUCAGGCAUGACCCCCACCCCACAUCCCCCAUCAAAAAAGUUGAAAAAGUGUGCCCUCUGGUGUUUGUUGUUUGACUUUUAAAUUUCUUCUCAAAACACCAGUGAGGAAUUUUUAACUUCCAGCAUUCGUAAACAUCCUCUGAAGUGAAAUACUCGCUAUUUGAGCCCUCAUAUGUACAUAGUAACGUGCUUGCUUUUUUGGGUAUCACAUUCAUUGCAGAUGUUUGUCGUAGCUUUAAAUUGUAUUACUAAGAAUGAUAAUAUUUUUUACAUUUUUGCAGUAGCUUCAAGUCAAAAGCCAUUUACAGGUUUGCGAAUGAAGGUGUGUAUUUGAAGGGGCCGUUUCUAACAUGCAGUACAACUGAGAUUGUUUAUGAACAGCUGUUUUGGUUAGCACGAGUUCAAACGUGAUCAAAAGUUGACUAUGUAAUGACAUCUGCUGCUUGUUUUGAGCUAAAUGUAUUACGCUAUAACCCAAGACUGUUAAUUGCUGCUGUUUUGGUGAGCAAAAGUUCAAUUGUAAUUGCAGUUACCAUGUGUUUGCUAAUUGGGUAAAGAGUGGCACUUAUGACACACCCAGUUUGCUUCACUUCAUGGGAAAAUACAGAAAAAAAGAAAAGCUGGUAACGUUCAUUUCCAAAGCAUUUAUUUAUCAUGUUUAUUUAUGAGCGCAGCUUUUUAUUUUUGAAAGCAUCUGAUCUACAAUGAAGACCGCUUUCAGUGAGCUGUUGUGAUGUUGUUAGUUGAUAGUGUAUUGUAGCCGUCCCCGUAACGAUUCCUUGUGCGUUCCCCGCCCGCUCUCUCUCAGUUCAAAAGGAUCCCAAUAAAAAGAUGGAGUGACCCGUAAUCAACUUGUCCGUGUGAU